AUGGACAGUAGCUGCCACAACGCGACCACCAAAAUGUUAGCGACGGCUCCAGCCCGGGGCAACAUGAUGAGCACAUCCAAACCCUUGGCUUUCUCCAUCGAACGAAUCAUGGCGCGCACCCCCGAGCCCAAGGCCCUGCCAGUCCCCCAUUUCCUGCAGGGAGCCGUGCCCAAGGGGGACCCCAAGCACUCUCUGCAUCUCAACUCGUCGAUCCCCUGCAUGAUCCCCUUCGUGCCCGUGGCGUACGACACCGGCUCCAAGGCAGGGGUGACGGGCUCCGAGCCACGGAAGGCGAGCCUGGAGGCCCCGGCUGCGCCCGCCGUGGCGCCCGCGGCGCCCGCGUUCAGCUGCAGCGACCUGCUCAACUGCGCGCUGAGUCUCAAGGGCGACCUGGCCCGCGACGCGCUGCCGCUGCAGCAGUACAAGCUGGUGAGGCCACGUGUGGUCAACCACUCUUCCUUCCACGCCAUGGGUGCCCUGUGCUACCUGAACCGAGGUGACGGCCCGUGCCACCCGGCGGCCGGCGUGAACAUCCACCCGGUGGCCUCCUACUUUCUCAGUUCCCCUUUGCACCCGCAGCCAAAAACGUAUUUAGCCGAAAGGAAUAAACUGGUGGUUCCCGCAGCGGAGAAGUACCCUUCCGGAGUUGCUUUCAAAGACCUGUCUCAGGCUCAGCUGCAGCAUUAUAUGAAAGAGAGCGCCCAGCUUCUGUCGGAAAAAAUCGGUUUCAAAACCUCGGACUUCAGCCGGGGCUCUCCUAAUGCCAAGCCCAAAGUUUUCACUUGUGAAGUGUGUGGAAAGGUCUUUAACGCGCACUAUAACUUAACCCGUCACAUGCCGGUGCACACGGGAGCCAGACCCUUCGUUUGCAAAGUGUGUGGAAAGGGGUUCCGUCAAGCGAGCACCCUGUGCAGGCACAAGAUCAUUCACACGCAGGAAAAACCUCACAAAUGUAACCAGUGUGGCAAAGCAUUUAAUAGAAGUUCCACGUUAAACACGCAUACCCGAAUACACGCAGGCUACAAACCUUUCGUGUGCGAAUUCUGUGGCAAAGGAUUUCAUCAAAAAGGGAAUUACAAAAACCACAAGUUGACCCACAGCGGGGAGAAACAGUUCAAGUGCAAUAUCUGCAACAAGGCUUUCCACCAGGUUUACAACCUCACCUUCCACAUGCACACUCACAACGACAAGAAGCCUUUCACCUGCCCCACGUGCGGCAAGGGCUUCUGCAGGAACUUUGACCUCAAGAAGCACGUCCGCAAACUGCACGACAGCAGCCUGGGGCUGCCCCGCACGCCCGCUGGGGAGCCAGGCACCGAUCCGCCGCCUCCGCUACCGCAGCCGCCGCCCGUGACGCUGCCGCCUCUGCAACCGCCGCUGCCGCCCCCGGGGCCCCUGCAGCCCGGGCUCCACCAGGGCCACCAGUGA